AUGCCCCGGCAGCUGAUCUGCGCCUACGUGGACAUCAUCCCCGACGACGUCUGCCGCAGGGCCUACCCAGGGCGCGUCACCCCCAACAUGCUCUGCGCCGGGGUGCGCAACCAGCGCAUCGACUCCUGUCAGGGUGACUCCGGGGGGCCGCUGUCCUGUAACCGGACCCUCCAAGGCAUCGUGUCGUGGGGGCUGCAGACCUGCGCCCUGCCGGGGCGCCCGGGGGUCUACACACGGGUGUGCAACUACGUGGACUGGAUCCUGAACACCAUGAACAACAACUAG